AUGGCACCUACAAAGCAGGAGCUAUCGCUCCUAAUCAACCCUCUCGUUCCGGAGUCCGUUCAGCACAACAACCGCGUCCUUUCCUCCCUCCACAGUCUGACAUCCUUCCUCCUGGGCUUAUCCGCAGGCAUUUUAGCCCUGCAAUCAACCUACGGCUUCGCAUUCUACUUCCUCGGUACCAUUCUAGUCUCAGGUCUAUUCCAUGCAGUUUUGAUCCAUCGCUCUGGCGGUGCAGGUGCCGGCUCUUUCUUCCCUGGUAGCAAUGCUGGUGAGGUCGAGGGCGUUGUGGAGGUGGACGAAAAGACUCAGGUUGUGCGCAUGCAGCUCGAUGGAAAGGCUGGGUCGAAGAAGAUUCUUCGCAAGGGCGCUUGGAGAGAUGUCUGGUUUGGAGGCGGUGUUAUGAGCGAGGCUCUGAGUGGAUUUGUGCUUGGGUGGGCUGGUGUUGGUGGUGUUUUGAGGUGA